AUGGAAAGUCCAGGACGGGUCGCAUUGGACGGUGGCCAGCACGUUCUCCGGGACUUCAGUGCCCCUGUCGACGUUGGUUACCUUAACCUGAUCGAAAUGCUGACCUUAAGGUCAACAACAUCUUUCAUUUCCCCCGGUGAAGUUGUUCCCAUCCCUUCACCCGGAUUCUCCUCAGAUACACCGAUUGCUUGGUGUGGAUAG